AUGAAUAACGAUUCAUCUUCACAAUCUUCCGCAAACGUUUACACAACUCCAGACCGUAAAAUAUGUCCAAGCGCUCUAAGUCAUUUAAUCACAACCUCUAACGACAUACUCCAUUCUUCUAAUGUUAUGGAUGUUCACCUUGCUUCUCUGUCUUCUCCAAAUAUGAGUCCAAAUGCUAGUCCAUGUCCAAGUCCUAUACUACGUCCUGUCUCAAGUCCUUUGACACCUAUAACUCCUCUCGUAUUAACUGACAGUCAAUAUGAAAAAGAAUUUUUAAACACUUCUCACAAUAAUCAUGAAUAUCUUUAUCACAUUCAACAAGUUCAAAGAUUACACAAUCAAUAUGGCUAUCACAACAAGUAUGGAUACGGUCAUCAGCCAUCCGCGUCAUUUGUUCAAAAUAGUCCUUCGCCAUUGUCUUCCGGUGCAUCGACUCCAACAUGUUCAAAGGUUUACGAUAUCAUUAUGCCGUAUUCAUUUAAUUCUCCUAAUUCUGACUUCUCUCAUUUAAUGCCUCUGAGCACUUGUGAUUGCGGUUCAAUGCCUACCUCGUCUCAGUUGAAUCUUACUUCAACCACUGAAAUGUUUAAAGAUUUGACUAUUAAUAAUGAAAAUUAUGAAUGUGAUCUCUAUAAUAAUCAGAAUCAUGAUGAAUACUUUAAGAAUUUUUAUUAUUAUAAUCACAACGUUGAAUACCAAAAGGCUAGUUUUGGCAACGGAGAGAUCAAUUCUAUUGACAAUGAUAUGCAAGUAAGAUCUUCGUCAGUACCUGAUAAGAUAAUUACAUCUAAUAACGGUACAUUUUCACAACCGAAAGACACUCAGUUUCAUGAGAUUAUUACGAAAUUUAAUAAUUUGGAUAUCUUGGAUUCUCAUUAA